CCGGUCUGGCCGCCUCGUGCCGCAGGAACGAAUUUCCCUGCUCGGGAACGAAUUUCCCUGCUCGUUCGCGCGCCUGCCGAGAGCACGUCGCGGUCGGAGCCGACGGUUCCUUGGGGAGUUUUCUACUAGUUUUCUCCUGCCUGGUGCUGUCUGUCUUUUCCACCAUUGAUGAGUACCAGAACAGCUCAGAGGGGGCCCUUUACAUCCUGGAAAUCGUCACCAUCGUGGUCUUCGGGGUCGAAUACUUCGUGAGGUGGCGGCCGGGUGGCUCCUGCCGAUACCGGGGCUGGAGGGGAAGGUUAAAAUUUGCCCGCAAGCCUUUCUGUGUCAUCGACAUCAUGGUGCUGAUCGCAUCCAUCGCUGUGCUGGCGGCGGGCUCCCAGGGGAACGUCUUUGCCACCUCGGCGCUCAGGAGUUUGAGGUUCCUGCAGAUUCUGCGCAUGAUCCGCAUGGACCGGCGGGGCGGCACCUGGAAGCUCCUGGGCUCUGUGGUCUAUGCGCACAGUAAGGAGCUGAUUACUGCCUGGUAUAUUGGCUUCCUGUGCCUCAUCCUGGCCUCUUUCCUGGUAUACUUGGCCGAGAAGGGAGAAAAUGAGCACUUCGAUACAUACGCGGAUGCACUCUGGUGGGGUCUG